AUGGAUCAGGAUGAAGAUGAAAGGAAGUUGCAAUUGAAUGAACUUAAUGAGAUCCGUAUGGAAGCUUAUGAGAACUCAAAGUUCUACAAGGAGAGAACCAAGUUCUAUCACAACUUGAUUGUUAGAAAGGACUUCGAGGUUGGGCAGAAAGUGUUGUUGUACAAUUGUAGGCUUGGUUUUAUGGGUGGUAAGUUACGCUUAAAGUGGAUUGCACCUUUUAUUGCUACUAAUGUUUAUCCUUAUGGUGUAGUUGAGAUCAAAAGUGAAUCCACAAAUAAAAGCUUCAAAGUCAAUGGGCACAAGCUAGAGCCUUUCCAAAGCAAUCCUUCACUGUUGGAUGCAAUUAUGGAGGAGACGUCUCUACUCGAUCUCGCUUCUCAUUCCCCCUAA